UUGACAUAUUGAUUUUCAAAGAAAUUGCGGGUUUAACUGCAAUUUCCAACGUGGAGCGAGACUCCUUAAUACCAACGCAUCGGUCGUCGUUUGUCUUGUUCACCACCGGCGAUGUUGCCCUAUCGGAAUCUUGUCGAAGCGGAGGUGGCGCUCGGUAGAAACCUCACGACCUUCGAAACCUUCUGGUUCCAUUACUCUGCAUUGAUGCCCGAUUACCUCCUCUACUACCACAACAUCGCCUUCCUCUUCCUCAUUUUCACACUUGUCCCACUGCCCAUCGCCGUUGCAGAGCUCAUCAGUCCAUCCACCAUCGCGCCCUUCAAGCUCCAACCGAAGGUCAUCCUCCCGCCCACAUCCUUCCUCAAAUGCUAUAAAGAAGUUCUCCGCGUCUUCUUCUUCGUCGUCGGCCCUCUCCAGCUCAUUUCAUACCCCUCCGUCAAGUUGGUGGGGAUCAGGACCGGGCUACCAUUGCCGUCAUUGUGGGAGAUAGUGGCGCAGUUGGUGGUCUAUUUUUUGGUGGAGGAUUAUACGAAUUAUUGGAUCCAUCGGGCCAUGCAUUUGAAGUGGGGUUACGAGAAGAUCCACCAUGUGCAUCAUGAGUUCACGGCGCCAAUGGGGUUCGCGGCUCCGUACGCGCACUGGGCGGAGGUGCUUGUCCUUGGAAUUCCCUCGUUCCUUGGGCCAGCUUUGGCUCCGGGGCAUAUGAUCACUUUCUGGCUCUGGAUUGCCCUGCGCCAGAUUGAAGCCAUCGAGACGCAUAGCGGUUAUGACUUUCCCUUCAGCCCUACAAAGUUUAUUCCUUUCUAUGGAGGUGCGGAACACCAUGAUUAUCACCAUUAUGUUGGUGGGCAGAGCCAAAGUAACUUUGCAUCGGUAUUUACCUAUUGUGACUACAUUUAUGGGACUGACAAGGGCUUUAGAUUUCAGAAAGCACAUCGUGCAAAGUUGAGAGAGCAGUGGAUAGCAGGGGAACAGAACGAAAUAGACAUCUCAAACCACAAAGGCAAGUUUGAGUAGAUCCAAAUUUUAUCUUUUUUGUUUGUUCUGGCUGCACUUGGAAGUUUUGGUUACUGAUGUUAUGCCAGGCUGGUUGUGUCUAUUGGUAAUAUUAUAUAUUGAUUCAUGUGUUUGCUUCCUAUCAAGUUGUAUUAAACCCUACCAAAUACUAAAGAGAUAUUGUUGACCUAAUUCUCUAGAACUUGCAUGAAUUUGUAGCUUUUUUUUUUAUGUGCC